AUGGUGAGUAUAACUACUUCUUCCACUGCUUACAAUCCGGCUGCUGAGAAGGCGUUGAGAGAGUGUGUGUCGGAUGCCUUGAAGGCUAGGUAUGUACCGACCUACGACGCUGCCAAAAUUGACAAUACUUCUGUUGACAACACUGGUUCCGGUGGUAACACUAGUUCCGUUGAGAACGCUUCCGUACCUGACUAUAAUGGCGUGCGAACCGAACUGACUGAGCCUGUGACCUAUCCGGAACGUACACCCAAGGCGGUUAUCGACAAGGUGUAUGAGUCGGUAGGGCACACACCCAUGAUUCGGUUGCACAACAUCGAGCUGGCCAACAACUUGGAAUGUGAGUUGUAUGGUAAGCUGGAGUUCAUGAAUGCGGGUGGGUCGAUCAAAGACCGCAUUGCACGGCGUAUGAUUGAGAGGACUGGGGAUACACUAAGGCGGGGUGACUUUAUCGUGGAGGCGACUAGUGGUAAUACGGGUAUUGGGUUGGGUAUGGUGUGCGCUGCGGAAGGUUAUCGCUUGGUCGUGGUGAUGCCCGAGAAGAUGUCACGCGAGAAGGAGAACACUCUCACUGCGCUUGGCGCUAUAGUGAUCCGUACCCGGAACUCAGCUGCUUGGAACGACGAGGACUCGCACAUUGCCAUUGCAUACAAACUUCGAGACUUGAUUAACGAGCGUUCCGAACAACUUGGCGGAGCCCGCGCAUACUGCUUGGACCAAUACCAGGCCGUGGGUAACAUCGAGGCACACUACGCCGAGACCGCCGAGGAAAUCGUGGAGCAGAUGCAAGGUAGGGUUGACUACUUUAUAGCUGGCUGCGGAACCGGCGGCACUUUUACUGGGACAUCAAAGAAGUUGAAGGAGAAGAUCCCGCACAUUAAGUGCGUCCAGGCGGACCCCGCAGGGUCGGUUAUGCACAAACCAUUGGAAGAGAUUAAGGGUAAAAAAUGCUCACGCAGCUACGAGGUCGAAGGAAUCGGCUAUGAUUUCCACCCCCCGUGCUUCGACCAAAAGAUCGUUGACGCUUACGAAAUCGUCGACGACAAGGAUGCGUUCAAACGUGCACGCGAGCUCAUAAAGAUAGAAGGUGUGCUCUGUGGAGGGAGUGCUGGGUCCGCACUCGAAGCAGCCAUCCGUACCGCCAGAAGGGCCACCCCUGGCUCCAGAAUAGUGUUUAUAAUACCCGACAGUGUGCGAAAUUACAUAAGCAAGUUCAUUGCAGACGACUGGAUGCUUGUCCACCACAUUUUCAACGACCCGGAGGAGCACAAGGACUACGUUCUAGGCGAAGGUGAUAGUCGGUACAACACUGAAUUAACCACGUUCCCCACAUUCAAGCUACCUAAAGUGGAUGGAAAGGAAACGGUGGUUGAUGUAUACUCCAAGUACUUUUAUGGAUCCCAUACCCUCCCAUCGCGCUGCUCCCACGUGGCUGUGGUUGAGGGCAAGGAGCUGAAGGGAAUUGUCUCUUAUGGCCAACUCGAGGAACUCAUUCUCCAGCAAAAAAAUGACAACAAAGCGAUUAUCAACUACGCGCUUCCCUAUUCCAUUACUUUCGUCAACAAGACUGUCACCAACGAGAACAUUAAUGAGAUCAGGACCCAUCUCCUCUCUCAGGAGUUUGAACCCAAAUUGAAGUCCCCUCUUGUCAUCGUAACAGACGAGCCUAGAAGGGAAAACGAAUGCCUCUCCGACUACAAAUCAAGAAUACUCGCACAUUACCAAUGGGACCAGUCUGAAGUUAACGGCAUGACACCUUCUUUGUUCAUGAGCGCACUCCGCAAGUUCGACACACCGAAGGAAAACCACCAGAAGGCAUGA